AUGAUAAAAAUUGUAGCUUUAAACGAUUUUUCAAAGGAUGAAGUUAAGGAGGAAGAUGAAACUAUAACUCAGGUUACAAAGGAAGCGCAGGAAACAAUUGCUGUGAGCGAGUAUAUGAGAGCACUGUCUCUGAAACAAAAUGGGAAAUCUGACUUUGCAUUGAACUUGUUUCAAGAUUUGCUGAGAACUCAAGUGUUGUGCGAUAUUCCAGACAACGACAAAGAAAAUAAGUUGUUUUCAGUUAAAUACAAUUGUUUUCGUAAUAUAGGCUUGAUUUAUGAGGAACGUAAGGAAUAUCUCGAAGCUUUACGUCAUCUUGUUCAAGCUGUUGAGUUGGACGACACUGACGUUUAUACACAAUGCAAAAUCGGUCGAAUUUCUUUAAAACUUAACAAUUUACUGUUGGCGAAACUUGCUUUCGAGAAAUGCUUGGAACGAAAUCCUCAUCAUUGUGGUGCAAAGGAUGGACUUCUCGAAACUUUAUGUUUGAUGGAGGACAUCGAUCAAGCUUACGGAUAUGCGUUGAAAUUUUUUGAAGAUGAUAGAAAAUACGAGAGAGCAAUAAGAGUUUUGAAGGAGAUAAGAUCGAGAUUUAAAUUAAGUCUUGAAUAUUAUGAUGGUAUUUACGGUCGCAAACCUGAGUUCGAUGAGAAUUGUCAAAUCAAAUACGAUCCAGCUUCAAGUGUCUUUCCUCCUCCUGUUGAAAUUGGAUUUACUAAAGAAAACAACGCAACUCUUACCGAUGAUUUUAAAAUACCUGAAAAUAAUCUUAACUGGAUAACAAUUGGCAAAUUAAUUCUUCGAGUUUUCCAUCAUAUCGAAGAAAAUAAUUUUAGUCUCACAUCAUGUUUCAAAUGGGACGAUUGGGUUGGAAAAGCUCCUGAAUUUAUAUUGCCACCUACACCGGAUGCACAAAUAGAGACCAAUGAAGUAGUGAAUGGAAUCGAAUUGAAUGGAGAUGGUGAGAAAAUUGAGGAAAAUGUUGUUGCAGUUAAUGGACGAAGUGAAAAGAUAACGGAAGAUGAUGUUGAGUCAACUGAUAAUGAAAAUCAAGAAACUGAAUCGAGAAAGGCAGUCAAUAGACGACGAUGCAGUGAUUUGGACUUUCUUAAAGAGUGGGGGUGGCAUAAAAAUCGAAGAUCAGCUCGUAAAAAGCCAAAAGAAGAUGAAGAAACUGUCGACACGACAAUUAAUGGAUUUCUGAAACGAAUCUUGGCGAGUUAUUUCGUUGAAUCUUUCGAAUCGAAUCGUUCACCAUUUGCAAUUGCAAACAUUGACAUCAAACCAAUUGAAGAUCAUAAAGUGAGCCAUACAAAAGCUGAUAUUGAAGAUGAGGAGAAGUUUUAUGAACUGACACGAGAAGCUUUCAACAAUUUCAUUGAAGAAAUUAAGAAUCGUGAAUUUGAUUUGAUUCACAACAACAAUUACAAAGACGCUCUUGGAUAUCUUUACAAACUUGAGGAAGUUUACGAUGUGCCACAAUACAGUGAAAUAUCAGUUGAGUUGAAGAAUUGCAAAAACAAUAAUUUAAUUGAUAGUAAAACAGUGAAAGAGUUAAUUGUGAAGAUUGAAAGGAAAAUUAACUUGGCGAGUGUCAAGAAAUUGUACGACACGAAAAACUAUGCUGAAUUAACAGAAAUUUUAAGAGAAAGUGUCAUUUACAGUACAGAACCGAAAGUCAACAUCGACAAUUUAACAUUGAAGAUUCAAACACAAAUUGAAGUCUUUCUUGAAUGUCUUUGGAGUCUCAACAGAAUUGAAGAAUGUUUAAUUUAUGCUGAGAAAGGAUUGAAAUAUGCUUUCGACAAUUUUCAAACAGCUCCAACUGAGUAUCGUCUCGAAGAGUGGGCAUCGCUUGUUAAUUAUUGUCUUGUCUAUAUUGAUGCAGCAAUAAAAGAUGAAGAUGGAAGUGAAAUUCUCUUUGCUUUAGGAAAUAAUUUGUCACGAUUAGUACAAACAAUUACUCAAAUUAUUACACAUCAACUUGACUCACCGAUUGAGAAGAAUAAUCCAACUUGUCAUCUGAUCAAUCUUAACAUUCCAUGGACGAUUUUAUAUCAUCUUGUUGUGAAGGAAAAUGACAUUGCAAAUGCAGCGAGUCGUAAAAAGACUGAAGAUGGUAAUGAAGAAGAGUUUGAAUCGCCAUUACCGAACUCAAUGUUGAUGUUUUUCAAAGCGCACGAAUAUUUAGGACGAAAGCAGUGGUGCAUGAAGGAUAAUGGACAACUUCUUUUCUGUUUCCUCGAUAUUUUAACGCCAAUUUAUCGUACACCAUUAUUAGAGCCUUUUCGCGAUAUUGUCACUGAACAUCUUGAACAAGCGACUUAUUGUCUUUACGGCUAUCCAGUGAAGAAAGCGAAACUUCGUCAUAUUGAAGAACACGACGCCAAACAAAUUGAUUUGACUUGGGAACGUGCAAUUCAACUUUUUGAUUUAUAUCGACCUGAUUCACUUCCUGAGUUUGAUUCAUAUAAAGGUGCAUCGAUAACAAGUGAAAUGGAACAAUUGCUGACGAAAAUUCUUUCGUUGAUUCCGAAAUGUCUCGACAUUGCGCCUUUCACUGGUGAAAUUAAAAAGUUCAUUAAUGGAACGAUUACGAAUCUUCCGAAAGAAAUUAACAUUUUACCAUCGAAAAUUACUUCAAUUUAUUAUUUGUUGGCUGAUUAUUACUUCAAGAAUCAAGAGACGGGACGAGCUAUAAAGUUUUAUAUUAAUGAUUUGACAAUGAAACCAGAUCGAUUCGAUUCAUGGGCUUCAUUGUCGUUAUGUAAACAGAGCAAGCUUGAGAUGAAACUUAAUUCGAAUGCUUCGAUAACUGUAAAAGAUUUCCUUGAAAUUGCUGAUCAAACAAUCAACUGCUUUAAUCAAUGUUUGAAACUUAAAAAGACAAUUACAAUUCUUACAGAAUUUGCUUCAUUUACUUAUCAUCUUCAUUCAUUUUGUUCGAGAAAUUUAAAGCAAUCAAGCGAAACACUUUCAAUGGAAAACUUCUCAGCAAUUGAAGAACGAAAAGAUAAAUUCUUGAAUAUUUCUUUAAAAUGUUUUAUGGAAGUUUGUGAAGCUGUCAGUGAUGUUAAUCAUGAGUUGAACGUCAAUAAAACGCAAGAAGAUUCGGAAGAUAAUCAUGAUGAACGUUACUAUUAUCAUUUUAUGUUGGGGAAGAUUGCUGAGAAGAAGAAAGAACCGCCAUUAAAUUAUCUUAAUCAUUAUUUGAAAUCAGCGAAAUUUCUAUACGAAGAUAACGCAACUUAUCCAAUCAAAAUUAAUCACAGCAAUCCAACACAUCUUGCAAUUGAAUCAUUGGAAGUUUUCUAUCGAAUCUCGGCUUGUAUCAUGAAAUAUCUUGAGCAACAUAGUAAGAUUAACAAGCCAACUGCAAAGUUAUUUAUGAGAGUUUUGAAAGAAAUGUCAUCGUCACCUUUUGCUUAUAAUCGUGCAAAGAUCAAUAAAGGAAAUAUAACAGCAAUGAAGCACAAGCUGAAUGUUUCUGGUGUUGAUAAAUUGAAUACUUCAGCUUCUGGUGGUGAAUCAUCAAUUCCAACGAAGCAAAUAAAACUUGAAAGUGAAACCUCAACGAUUAAUGAUGAAAAUGUUGCUGUUGUUGAUAAUAAUAAACCUGACGACGUUGAUCCACAACAACCACAACAAAUGGAGAUUGAAGAACCGCCAAUUCAACCGGUCGUUAGAAACAUCAUUAAUAAUGAAAGUGAAUUCGCAUCAAGACGUGGAUCACAAGAAAGUGCUGUAACAACAACCACAACAACUUCAACACGAACAUCGUCGUCGUCUGACAGUAGCGCUGAUUCAAGUAGCGACAGCAGUUCAUCAAGUUCAGAUGAAACUGAUGGAACUGACAAGGAAAAUACUUUCGUGAGUCAAGAACAGAUCAACACAAUUUAUAAAAUGUGCAUAAAGAAUUUGGAGGAAUGCGUCAGUCGCUUUCCGGAACAUUACAAGUCAAUUUAUCGUUUGGUUCAUCAUUUUCUUAACGCUGGAAAUUCUCUCGAAAAAUGCAAACAAUUGUUGUUGAGUUCAAAUUAUAAAACGACUUUGGGUAAUCCAAUUGGUGGACUUUUCAGUGAACGCAAGAAUAAUAACUUUUUUAAUGGGAUUUGGCGAAUUCCAUCGCAAGAAAUUGAUCGACCAGGAAACUUUACAACUCAUUUGUCGAAAUGUGUUGUCGUUUUAAUGGACGUUUUGAAGAAGACAAAUGAUGCAGAGACAUUAAUCGACCUCGCAUUUCAACUGCAAAGAAAUCCUGAAGCUGAUAAGAAAUAUUUGAAUGAUGCUGACAAGAAGGAAUUGUUUCAUCAAGCGGUCACUUGUUGUGUUCAAGCAUUUAAAAAUAAGCUUCGUGAGAUUAUGGCUGGUUGUGGUGACGAAAAGAAUCGAGAAUUGUUGUCAUUAAUGCUUGACAUUUUCAAAGCUCAUCGAAAGACACAAAAAGUCUUCCAACAAAAAGAUCAAAGUUUGUUUUCCGGUGUUCUUGUUGAUGUCUACAAAGAAUAUGUGAAGGAUAAAAUGGUUUUGCCAGAGAAUGCGAAUCUGACUGAUCUUGCUUUUAAAAUUUCGUCAACAUUACCACCAUCAAUGGUAGCAGUAACAAGUCGAGUAACUCCACCGACAACACCACAAAACAUCUCCAAAACUUCAUCAUCGUCAAGUGCAAGAACAAAACCACGAAGCAGUUCAUCAGUUAAGAAUUCUUCGUCAACAGCCGCUAAUUCUUUACUUAAUAAUAAUGCAGCAAUGAAUUCAAUGUUAAUGUCACUUUACACAAAUCCAGCACUUCUUGCACAACUCACAAGUUCACCUUUGAUGUCGACUGCUGAUUCAUCAAAUUAUCUCAACGAAUAUUACAAAUCACUGUUAGCUGUGAAUUCAACAAACUCAUUGAAUAAUCUCACAACACAUCAACAACUUGCAAUGAUGAACGAUCCAAUGACUGCAUUGAUGUCGGGUUUGUAUUCACCAUUAGCUGGUCAAUCGCCUUCAACUUCUCCUUCAACAAGUAAAUCGACGACACCAACAACGACAAAUCAUAAUGAGAAGAAAUAUUUAGAAGCUCUUAAAAGUAUUGGCAGCAGUGGAAGUUCAUUGAUGGGCUUACAGCAGAACGGAAUGAGCAAUUCAUUGUCAAUAACAAAAACUCCAACAUCAUCCCCGAAAUCAUCAAUCAACAAGUCUCAAUCCACUUCAUCCUUAAAGAAAUCUUCAUCAAUGUCUUCAGCAUCCUUAACGAAAUCAAACGAUGCGAACAGCAGCUACAAUGCUUUGUUUGGAACAAACUUAAAACUUCCAGCCCUGCCGAAAUCUCUUUCAAUAACACCGUCGAUGCCGGUUAGUAAUGUGAAGUCAUCUCGUGUGUCUGAUAAAGGAAAAUCAUCAUCGAAAGAGAAAUCAACAAGUCGGUUAAAUCAAAGUCAAUCGAUGAUUGUUGGUUCAGAUCAAUCAGCAGCUUCAAACAUGCAAGCUUACUAUGAUUUUCUUAAGAAUUAUCCAAAUCAACAGCAAACCCAAGGAGCGAAAACGAAAUCAUCUCCAAUUACAGUCACGUCGAUUAAUUCUGCUGUUUCAAAUUCUUUAAUGAAAUCACAAAAGCAUAAACAAUCAACGCAAUUGUCGGGACAAAGUCAAUCGAAAAAGUCUCACACUCAACAGUCAUCAUCAUCAUCAUCAUCGUCGUCUUUAUUGUCUAAAGCAGCUCAACCUUAUGAUUUUGAUGAUGACGUCAUUAUUCUGGACUGA